GUGGAUGGACGGAUGGCUACAUGGAUGUGAUGGAGAUGGUUUACUAUCGGGACCUUCCGCAUCCUGCUGAUGUUUUGUUGCUUAGGAUAUGAAUGGCUGAGCGGAGGCUGUAAAACCUGGCACUCUGCUUGGGUAUGAGGUUCUUCCUGCCAUCCUGCCAUCAUUUGUUUUUUAUGUUUUGUCACCAAAAGUGACCUUGAGGAACCCUGGGAGCUCAGGAAAGAAGGAGCGCCCAGAAGCAGGGACAGGGAGCUGGUUGGGGAGGACCAGAAAUCAGGUUUGUGAAGGUUCCAGAGAGGACCUGUCCUUGCGAGGAGUGUGGGAGACUGAGAUGGGGGAGGGGUCAUUGGAAUGAUGCGGGCGCUACUUGGCAUUGUCCAUUGUGAGGCACCACCGGGGUCAUCAGGGAUUGGUGGAGAGGGAGUAUAAAGCCCCAGGGUUGCCAAGGGAGGGCCCAGACCGAAGAAGGUUUGGUGGAUAGCAGAACCUUUUUGUCUCCCUCUAAUUGCUCCUAAGCCUCACGCUCCCUUGCCCCGCGUGUCCUGUUGCUUCCCUGAUCUUCUCCGUGACCUGUAGCUAAACCUUCCACCAGCGCUUGAGAACUUAAUUUGAUCCGGAUCCUUUCCCAGACCCCUUUCUUCUCCUCCUCCUCCUCCACCUCCUCCAGGUGCCCAACAGCCCCCUUCUCCUUUCCCUUCCCUUACUUCCCCCCUUCCCCUCCCCUUCCCCUCCCCCUCCCCUCCCCCUCCCCAACUCAGAUCCGGCCCUGCUCCCCGUCCCCUUCCCUCCCCCCUGCCCUAAGCCACCUCCACCUCUGUCCUGGCCGCCUCAGGGCGCCCUGAAAGGACCAGGACAUGCGGCUGCGGUGGUGGCUCCUCUUUUGGCUCCUGCUGGGAUUUAUCAGCCAUCAUCCUACCCCUGUUAUCAAUACUCUGGCUGUCUAUCGUCAUCGUGAGACUGACUUUUGUGGAGGAGUUCGAGACCACCCUGGCCAACAUGGCAAAACCCCAUCUCCACAAAAAUUGGAUAAUUUGAUAAUUAUCAUUAUUGAGUUUCUGAGACCUUACACAUUUACCAUUCUCUUCUGCACAAAUUACCUUUGUUUGUCUUUCCUGAAGACUAUCUUCCAGUCUGAAAAUGGACAUGAUGGAUCCACAGAUGUACAACAGAGAGCCUGGAGGUCCAACCGACAUAGACAGGAAGGAAAUAAAAUUGGCCGGAAAGACGUCAUUACUCUACGGAGAUACGUGAAAAGAAAAGUUAGAGCUAAAAUCCAUAAGAUGAAGGUGACAACGAAAAUCAACCAUCAUGACAAAAUCAAUGGAAAGAGGAAGACCGCCAAAAAAGAGAAAAUGUUUCAACGUGCGCAAGAGUUGCGGCGGCGGGCAGAGGACUACCACAAAUGCAAAAUCCCUCCUUCUGCAAGAAAGCCUCUUUGCAACUGGGUCAGAAUGGCGGCAGCGGAGCAUCGUCAUUCUUCAGGAUUGCCCCACUGGCCCUACCUCACAGCUGAAACUUUAAGAAACAGGAUGGGCCACCAGCCACCUCCUCCAACUCAACAACGUUCUAUAACUGAAAACUCCCUGAGCCUCAAGACACCUCCUGAGUGUCCGCUCCAUCCCCUUCCACCCUCAGCGGAUGAUAAUCUCAAGACGCCUCCCGAGUGUCUCAUCACUCUUCUUCCACCCUCAGCUCCACCCUCAGCGGAUUAUAAUCUCAACAGGCCUGCCGAGUGUCUGCUCUAUCCCCCUCCACCCUCAGCGGAUGAUAAUCUCAAGACACCUCCCGAAUGCCUAAUUACUCCCCUUCCACCCUCACCUCCACCCUCAGCUCCACCCUCACCUCCACCCUCACCUCCACCCUCACCUCCACCCUCAGCUCCACCCUCACCUCCACCCUCACCUCCACCCUCACCUCCACCCUCAGCUCCACCCUCAGCGGAUGAUAAUAUCAACAGGCCUGCCGAGUGUCUGCUCUAUCCCCCUCCACCCUCAGCGGAUGAUAAUCUCAAGACACCUCCCGAAUGCCUGAUUACUCCCCUUCCACCCUCACCUCCACCCUCACCUCCACCCUCACCUCCACCCUCACCUCCACCCUCACCUCCACCCUCACCUCCACCCUCAGCUCCACCCUCACCUCCACCCUCAGCUCCACCCUCACCUCCACCCUCACCUCCACCCUCAGCUCCACCCUCACCUCCAUCCUCACCUCCACCCUCAGCUCCACCCUCACCUCCACCCUCACCUCCACCCUCAGCUCCACCCUCAGCGGAUGAUAAUCGCAAGACACCUCCCUUAGCUACUCAGGAGGCUGAGGCAGAAAAACCACCCAAACCCAGGAGGCCGAGGGCCGAUGACGUGGACCCAUCAUCGCCCGAACCCAAGAGGCGGAGGGCCGAUGACGUGGACCCAUCAUCAUCCACACCCAAGAGGCGGAGGGCCGAUGACAUGGACCCAUCAUCAUGCAAACCCAAGAGGUGGAGGGCCGAUGACGUGGACCCAUCAUCAUCCACACCCAAGAGGCGGAGGGCCGAUGACGUGGACCCAUCAUCACGCAAACCCAAGAGGCGGAGGGCCAAUGACGUGGACCCAUCAUCAUCCACACCCAAGAGGCGGAGGGCCGAUGACGUGGAACCGUCAUCACGCAAACCCAAGAGGCGGAGGUUGAGUUAGCUGAGAACAGGCCAUUGCACUCAAGCCUGAGCAAUAAAAAUAAAAUUGAGUAGAACAAAAUAAAAAAAUCAAAAAACAAAACAAAACCCACACUCCAAAAACAAACUAACAGAGAAUAAAUAAAUAAUAUAAAAAUAAAAUAAA